CGAUGUCAUGCUCAUGCCACUUUGCCACUUUGCCCUUUUUUGGCCGAUGUGUAUCAACGGCUACACUCCCAAAACGUCGCUGUGGCUUCAGAAUGGAUUUGCCGCCGGUUGUGUCCAACCUGGUUGAAGCGUAUUUGGCAAGGCGGUCAUCUUGGCUGUCGCUGGUACCUGCUGCAACCUCGCAGGCUUGGGAACGCCAGAACACAUUGGGAGCUGUUGAAGAGCGUGUCACGGCGCUUCUUGGAGUCUUCCUUGGAGCACCUGGUCGCGAGGUCUUGGUCGAAAAGCCUUGGCUGUCACAUGCUCUCGGAGGAGUUCUGCUUCGCGAUUCUCCAGCUCGCCAUUUCCCCAUGCCGACGGCGGCUGCUUCUCUGCAGUCUCUUGCGCAAAGCAGCUCAGACUGACACUGAAGUGAGGCAGAAGACUGAGACGAUGGCCGGGCGUGAUCGCAUCACGCAAUGAAUUACCUCAGCGCGGGGUUGCGCAGGCAUGUUGUUUGGCAUGAGCAGUCUUCUAGG